AUGUUUCGUCGCCAACAUUUCACAAAAAUCUCACAUCGAUGUUUUUCAAGUGAAUCUCGAAUCAAUUCAUUUAUUAAAUCUAAAUUAAUGUCAGCUGAAGAUAUUGCUGAAAAAUUGCCUGAAAAAUUAACAUUAGGUGCAUCUGGUUUCACACCAGCUGGUUAUCCAAAAGUUAUACCCGGUGCUUAUGCUCAAAGAAUUAAAAAUUCAAAAAAUCCCGAAGAUUUUUCAAUUAAUUUAUAUACUGGUGCAUCAACCGGUGAUGAACUCGACGGUGUUUUAGCGAGAACUGGAAGAUUAAAAUUAAAAAUUCCAUAUCAAUCCCAUCCAGAUCUAAGAAAAUUUAUUAACCAAGGAAAAUUAGAUUUCAUUGAUAUGCAUUUAAGUCAUGUUAGCAGAUAUAUGCGAGAAGGCAUUUUUCCACCAAUUAAUGUUGCCAUUGUUGAAGCUUGUGAUGUUACUUCGGAUGGAAGAAUUUAUUUAACUAAUUCAAGUGGUAUGAGUUCAACAUAUUUAGCUUUAGCUAAAGAUAUUUAUGUUGAAUUAAAUGAAGCACAUCCACUAGAAAUGAAGGGUCUUCAUGAUAUUUAUUUACCUGAAUUACAUACAGGGCGACCUAUUAAUAUUGAUUACGUUGAUGAUAGAAUUGGUACACCCUAUAUUCGAGUCAAUCCUGAACGAAUAAAAGGUAUUAUUCUAACAAAUAAAUUUGAUUCAUCUCCAGGCUUUAAAAAACCUGAUGAUGCAAGUUUUAAAAUAGCAAAUCAUAUUCUUGAUUUUAUUCUCAAUGAAGUUGAACAUGGAAGAAUUCCAAAAAAAUUACUUCCAUUUCAAUCCGGUGUUGGUAAUGUUGCUAAUGCUGUUUUAGCUUGUAUAGCGAAAGAUAAUCGUUUUAAAUCAAUUGAAAUGUAUACAGAAGUAAUACAAGAUUCAAUAUUUGAUUUAAUUGAUAGUGAUAAACUUCGUUUUGCAUCAACAACAGCAUUAACAUUUUCAUUGGAAGGACAAAAAAGAUUUUUUAAUCAAUUAACAGAACUUAAAUCAAAAUUUAUUUUACGUCCUAUGGAAAUAUCAAAUAAUCCAGAAGUUAUUCGUCGGAUAGGUCUUAUUACAAUGAAUACAGCAUUAGAAGCGGAUAUUUAUGGAAAUGUUAACUCAACACAUGUUUUAGGUUCUGCUAUGAUGAAUGGAAUUGGUGGUAGUGGAGAUUUUACUCGAAAUGCUUAUGUAUCAAUGUUUAUGACUCCAUCAAUAGCUAAAGGUGGUAAAAUAUCUUCUUUUGUUCCAAUGGUAUCACAUUGUGAUCAUAAUGAACAUUCAGUUCAAAUAAUGGUUAGUGAACAAGGUUUAGCUGAUUUACGUGCUAAAACUCCAAAACAACGAGCUGAAUUAAUUAUUGAAAAAUGUGUUCAUCCAAUGUAUAAAGAUCAAUUGAGGGAUUAUUAUAAACAAGCUCAACGUGUUUCAUUUGGUUUACAUACACCACAUGAUCUUCAACAAGCUCUUUCAUGGCAUGUUAGAUUACAACAAACUGGCUCAAUGCAUCCCGAUUAUCAACAAACAAAAACCAAAGAUACAGAGCAAGCAGCGAAACAAGACGCUCAAACAGCAUCCACAAAAAAAUAG